AUUUUAUGUACUUAUAACAUUAAAAAAUAAAUGAACUCUGAAGGAAGAAUUAUAUUAUAGAAAUUAAAUUCUUUAGUCAAAUUAAAUUAAAUAUCAUUUAUUUUCAGGCAACUAAGGCCCAUAUAUACAUACCUUACAAACGUUUGUUUUUUUUACACAUUUUGCCGACGCAAAACAAAACACAUACAAAAACACAUAACAGUCGAGCAAACCAAUAUCAUAACUAGUAGUUCAUAGAUUAAAAGCAAGGGUUUAGUAAUACGCAAUCAAAUAAUUAUGCUCUUAAAUAAAAUGUACCUAAUCAGUUGCUGCAGUUGCUUCGAUUUAUACUUGACGCUUGUUAUAAAAAAGUAAUAAUGAUAUUUCGGAUACCAGUGUUAUUAAUAAUUGUUCCUUUAAUGGUAGAAGCCAGACUGACUAUAAACAUAACAGUGGCGUCGCAUAAAAAGGAUAUCAUUGUCAAGACAUCAGGUGCUGACUUGAAACUUAUAACAGACCAAGAGAUCCAAAUGUUUAAUUUUACUGAUUUGAAUGUAAAUAGAGGAUUCCGAGUUGAACUUGGUAAAGCACCUGACAAUUAUUUUCUGAAAGAUCCUACGUUGUAUGACGACUUAUUUAAACAGUUUGAAUGGGACCAAGUAAGAAGAAAAGUGUAUAUAAAGAAAGUCGAUGUACAAGAAACCGUGUCCAGUGAUGUUGUUCUUAAAGUGCAUAAAUUCAUUAAUAACUCCACAGCACCUAUGCAAUUCAAUAUGAGUAGUUACGUCAAAGUGGAAAACGUUAUAUACUCAUCGUGGUCUAAAACGGGAGUACCUGAGGAUGAUAUAUAUUAUGACCUUAUCAUUUAUUUAAAUAAUAAUAAUUUUCAAUACGCCAAUAAAUGGAGAGAUGACCAAAUUAGAAGUAGAUAUCUAAAUGUCGGUUUGACUGAAAAAGGUCACUACGUAGUGGAUCCAUACACAUAUGUGACCAUGAGACUAUCUGCUCAUAAAACAAUUGUGUUAGUUAAAAUUGUGUAUGCUGCACUUCUAACAGGCCAGGUCAUAGGUGAUUACGAAAAUCUAUAUGGGAAAUACCAUUUUUAUGCGCCGACAGUGAAAAAUAUAAUGAAAGCAGCAAGUUUGAAGAAUGAAAUAAUUACGACAGAACUCGUGGAGAUAAGAUGCUUUACGUCACCUAAGCUUGAAUUAUUUGAUGAAUAUGGCGGUAUAGUGCAAAUAGUAAGGCCGCCAGUGGCUUUGCGCACUAUAAAAAAAGGUCGUGUAUAAUUUUUAUUUCAGCAACCAUUGUGUAGUCUGGCCAAUCACAUCCGACAUCACUAGAGUCUGUUCGGAAAGAGAAGAGUCGUGGAAUGUAUUGGGCCCCAUACAUUUCACGACUCUUCUCUUUCCGCACAUACUGUACCUAUACAACUUUAGAAUUUCGCCUUUUCGUAGAAAUGGUUGGCCCAACUGUAUUUUAAUACCUUAGUGCACACUCGUACUAAUUGCGAGGAAAAAUAUUGUUGCAAUUACUCCACUUACGUAUUAUGGUACACCAUAGUGCACAAACGUAGUCUUAUUUGCAAGGUUUUUUCCGCGUAAUUAGAAAGAGUGUGAACUAGGGUAUCGAAUUAUAUAAUGUUGAUUUUUGUUAAAACUAUUACAUUAAAUUAUUUGCAAAUAAAACAUAUACAAGAA